UCCACCUAACAUGUUACUGCGCAUGCGUACGGUUGAUAGAGGAAGUAAGCAGCAUGUCGUUAGAAGAUCCAUUUUUCGUUGUCAAAGGGGAGGUGCAGAAGGCCCUCUCCCGAGCUCGGGGUCUGUUUGAUAGAUGGGAGGAACUGUUGCAAGAUGGCACUCAGGUGAGUCGAGAUGAGCUAGACUGGAGUGCCAAUGAACUGAGGAACUGUCUGAGGGCCAUCGACUGGGAUCUGGAGGACCUCAGUGAAACUAUCAGCAUCGUGGAAUCAAACCCAGGGAAGUUCAAGCUGGGAGACUAUGAGCUUCAGGAGAGGAGAAACUUUGUAGAGCGAACCAGAAAAUCAGUCCAGGAGAUGAAAGAUCAGUUGUCCAGCCCUUCCGCUGCGGCUCAGGCGGAGAAGAAAAACAGACAGGCCCUGCUGACUUCAACAGGACAAGACAGGUCAACUGGACUAGAGGCUCAUCUGGUGUCUGCAAACUCCCGAUACAUCCAGGAGCAACAGGAACAACAGCAGCUAAUCGUGCAGGAGCAGGAUGAUCAGUUGGAGUUGGUGUCAGGUAGCAUCAGGGUCCUCAAAGACAUGUCUGGACGGAUCGGAGAUGAGCUUGAUGAGCAGGCUGUCAUGUUGGGGGAUUUCGGAGAUGAGAUGGACCAGACGUCGUCCCGCAUGGACUCGGUCCUAAAGAAACUAGAGAAAGUAUCUCACAUGACUAGCAGUCGGAGACAGUGGUGUGCCAUCGGCGUGCUGGUAGCCAUCUUGAUCGCAGUCGUCAUCCUUUUCUUCGCUCUCUGAUGUGAAUGAACUCUGACCUCUUGACCUGGUUCACCAGCUCCUCCCUGUUAGGAUGAAUGGACAGAUACAGGUGGAAAAUGGACGGCAGUCUCUCCUCAUUCCCCUCCAAGCACUCAUUUACCUCACGCCGAGGAGAUUGUGGUGACCUGCAGAGAAAUGUUAACAUUUAAUCCUUCGCAGUGCGUUUAAUUAAUCUGGUGAGGGGGGCGGCGUGGGAGAAACUGUAGGCCUCAGCGGCGGAGCUCAUCUUGAGGGAAGCGCAGAUGGUAUUGUGUGUUUUAUAUUAGUGCAUUUUAGUUAUUUUUGGAAAUGAUGGUACGUGAUGGAGAGGAACCUAUAAGGAACUGCUGCUGCUGGACUAAAAUUCUAAUCUGGAAAGGGGUUGCAUUACGAGUUCGUUAACACUAGAUGCUACACAAAUCUUCGAAGAGGGCGGGUAAUGUGACAAUUUGACUUCAGCUGGCUUGUUAAGCCUGAUUGUCAGCAGCUUUACUGUGCAGAAGAGUGCUCAUCAACUCUUAGACAGUAAAACAUACCUACUUUUGUGUUGAGUCAACAUGAGCAACUUCCGAUAGGGGGGUUGUUGCCUUAAAUAUAUUUUUAUACAGUUUUGAAAUGUGCAGUGUGUUUCUGCGCCUUCAUGUGAAUCGGGACGGAAAAUAAAUUCUUACAAACAAAUUCAGUUAAAUCAGGUGUGACUGGUCGACCGAAGGUCUGCCGGGUAUUUUUCUAGUCCAGUGGAACAGCAGCAGAUUUCACCGACGAACGCAUCUCGGCUACAGAAGAAGCAUUUGUCACGACUGAAAACAGACGCUGUGAUGCAUGUGUGCUCAAAACGAGAUGUGCAGGCAUCCGUCUCUCUUAUAGAUGCUGUUUUUGCUCAUCUGAAAGAUGCCUAAUCAGAAAUGUAGAGGUCACUGCAGCAGACAGAAAUUGUUCAUUCCCUGAUCUGAUUGAGAUCCGUUUCUGUGAGGUGAAGUCAGGUCUGCAGCAAGCCGCCUUGGCACCCAUGCAGACGUUUUAGCACAUGAUUGGCCAGGGCUUUGUUACACUCACUGGGUGAGGAGCGACAACCUUGGCUCAGAGCGAAUGAGUUUGCCUCUUUUAUUGAAAAGCUUCAACUAAUGAGGAGGAACAGUUGCUGGGCAAGAUGACUCCACGUUCAAUCCAGAUUUAGACUCGCAGCUCCCUCUGCUGGAGUCUGUGGUUCAUGUUAUUUCUUUGUAUCUUUUCAUAUAACACUAAAUUAUGUGAAAGUGCUGUAUAAUACCUACAAUGCUUUAUUUUUGUGUGCACUUGUAAACGGAUAGUGUUCCUGUAUAAAGACUUUCUGUAAGCUCAGUCUUAUUUUCCACCCUGGUGUAAUCCAGUCUCCAUCUUAAUUCAAAGUUUUGCUUUCAUCACCCAGUUACAAGAGAAAAAGAUCAACUUUUAUGUUUUCUUUUCUUCUGUUGUUUUUGUUUUCUUUGCCAAAAGGGGCUAAUGCCAAAAUGCAUAAGUCUUUGUAUAGAUGGAGGGGGGAUAGAAUAAAAUGUCUUGCUGCCAGAGGUUUUAUUUUUAGCCUUCUAAGUAGUGGAAGUGUACUUUUAAUGCACUUUUACAUAUUUAAGCUCUUACACAAGAUUGAAUUAAAAAAGUUCGCCGAAAGUAUAAAUGAAGCACCGGUGGUUUCCACUUGUGUAUCAGGAUAUUUGCUUCAAACCAGAACUUUAAAAAAAAGAAAAGCUUUACGAUGAAAGCGAAUUUUGAACACAAUCUUUUUUUGCCGUUAACCCUGUGCACUCCAACAUCAUACUAUACUGUAAAAUCACAUCUGCUCAUGUUUAUCAUAUCAUGCACAGAAGAAAGAAAAAAGGAUCCCAUAAAUCAAAAAUGGAAAUUGGUUUUUAAUGUACUAAUGUACAUUAAAAUAAGAAAUGUGGGACUUUGUUUUGUUGUAAAUCUGGGCGGAGCAGUGACCUUUCGACUGGAACUGUGAGUCAAAUAUCUUCCUUUGUAACUCAGUUAAAGUUCCAGCAGUUAUCAUUUAUUUCACCUGGCCACUUCCCACAGCUUAUAGACUUCUUUUGUAGCUGUGAGAUUCGAUGUAUUUUAUUGGUGAAUCUGAAGAUUAUUUUUUUUUUCUGUCAAUCAAAAAAGGCAAAAAUUGCAAGAAGGUUGUCACCUGAGACUUUCACCAUGUGGCUAAAGAUUCUUGAAGUUUGCUCUGUAUGAAGUGAUCAACGUGUACAAUGGCUGAAUUGUAUGUUUCAAUGAAUGCAGUAUUUCAAGCCUUUUUCUUUUUUUAAUAAAAGCUUUCACAAAAUUGCA